AUGCCGGCCGAACAGGCGAUUGAUAUGUUAAAUGAAACUCUAGCGGAGAUCGUGUUUAGGACGAAAAACGUGAAUAAAUUUAAAAGAUUAGCACGAAGCACGCAUUUCAAUUACAGAGAAGUUGAAGCCUUGGCAAUUAUUCAUCGAAAAUGCGUUCAGAUAAUGGGUCCAAUAAGCAGAAUAUUAUUUCGAGAUCUGUUCCAUGCUGGUUUCGAUUUCACGGAAAAUAUUCGUCAUAUAUUGGUCGACAAAAUGUUCUCAGUAAUCGACAAACGUAAUGCUUUACAGAUACAUUGUGACAAUUGGAUCGAAGGUCUUUCGGUGAUUCUUCGCGGAACUAUGGACGAGAAGAUUCAUUUUGCUUAUCAGACGUACGAUCAUUUGAGAACACACAAAUUAAAAAAGGAGCACAUAUUCCCCAUGAUGCGUGGUUGUUUAAUUAAACUGCAGAACGAUGAAAACCCAGACGAAGCCUUGAAGGAUUUGAUAGAUUUGUUAAUAAAAAAAUUGGACGUGGAUCGAGAUGGCAUGAUAUCGGAAGAGGAUUUUAAAACAGCUGUGAAAGACAGAAAUCCUCUUCUUUUGGAAUGCAUGGGGCCAGUGUUUCCUUCCAGAGACGCUCGCCACGUUUUCCUCAGCACAUUUACGGAUCGUGUAGGAAGAUAUUAACGAGCCAUCCUUAUCGAAGAAUAAUUUCUCAGAGGGAAGUACGCUUCUCUCUCUCUCUCUCUCCUUCUGCUUGAGAUCCAAGUUUGGAUCUUGGAAAUCCUCGAGAACUGGAGAAGCUAACAGCAAUGUCUGACAGAGGAAGGAGGGAGGAGGAAAAUGUGGCAAAUCGGACAGAAGGGAUCCGCCUAGGCCCUGUAAACGGUUCACUAGAUUUUCGAGGCUGUCUGAGCUGCAUUCAUCACGAUUCGUCGAACGUGGAAGAUUGACUUGCUCUUUCUUAACAAACAAUCGCUAAUGGACCGCGAUAAUACAGCCUCCUAAUCGCAUCAGAUGCAAACCGUGACGCAGCCGUCGAUAAGAUGCGAUCAAUUGCUCAAUUGAGUUUCGUCAAGUGCAAUUUCUAUCUGUUCUAUAUAUCGUUAUAUAUCGUUCUUAGUGCAAGCUGAAAAAUAUAUCGUGCGAUGUGAGUAUAUUUAUUUAUUUAUUUUGUGAAAAGGUUCAAUUUUUCGUGACACAAAAUUUAUUUAAGAUAAAUGAUAGAAUUAUAGUGUUAUUAUACGCUGAUGAACGGAUUUUU